AAUCUGAACCAGACAAGUGUCACAGAAUUUCUCUUGAUGGGUUUCUCUAUUGACCCAAACAACCAGACUCUUCUCUUUGUCAUAGGCCUGUUUGUCUAUCUGUUAACUUUAGGAGGGAAUCUAACCAUUAUUACCUUGAUCAGGAUAGAUCAAUGUCUCCAAACUCCUAUGUACUUCCUCCUUGGCAAUCUCUCUUUUGUGGAGAUCUGCUACAUUUCCACUACUCUCCCCAAAAUGCUAUGGGACCUCUUGUCAGGGGACAAGGCAAUCUCCUACAUAGGAUGUGCACUACAAUUGUAUUUCUUUGUUGCUUUAGGGAGCACAGAAUGUGUGCUUCUCUCAGCCAUGGCAUAUGAUCGUUAUGUAGCUAUCUGCCAACCCUCGCACUACACUCUGCUCCUCAACCAAAAAGUAUGUCAAUGUUUGUUAGCAGCCUCCUGGACUAUUGGCCACUUCAAUUCCACUAUUAACACAGCCCUACAUUUCUGCCACUCCAAUAAAAUCAAUCACUUUUUUUGCGACAUUCCUCCCUUACUAUGCUUAUCUUGCUCUGACAUCUUCAUCAGCCAGAUGGUGACCUUCACCAUCUCUGGAGGUAUCAUGAUUGUGUCAUUUGGCCUGAUCCUUCUUUCUUAUAUUCUCAUUGUCUCCUCUGUCCUCAAAAUCCACACUGCUCAUGGUAGGAUCAAGGCAUUUUCCACCUGUGGAUCACAUCUCACUGUGGUGAGCAUCUUUUAUGGCACCAUCAUCUACACCUAUAUGCGGCCUUCAUCUGCGCACACUAUAGAAGGAGACCGCCUCAUUUCAGUGCUAUACGCCAUCAUUACACCACUGCUCAACCCCUUGAUCUAUUGCUUCCGAAACAAGGAAGUACAGGGGGCCCUUUGGAAUGCUCUUGGAAAAAGCAGGUUAUAG